AUGGGGACGGAAUUAAAGAUGAGUUUCACUUGGAAGAUAGACAACUUCUCGGACAGGAAAGAGAGGAUGAUGUCGGAGCCCUUCUCAUGCGGCGGCUGCGAAUGGAGAGCUAGAUUUUUCUUCGUUAUUUUGAAUCACUCUGGCAAAGAGCUAUACAGAUCAUAUUACGACGGCAGAUCCCGUUUAUUCUGCGCUGAGGCCACACCAUGGGCAUGGGGUGUCAAGGGUCUGUUGUCUCUUACCGAGCUUCAAGACCCCGAGAACAACAUACUAACCGUUCAGGUCUUCGUUGAAGUAGACGAAGUUGUUCAUCAAGGACAAUCAACUGAAAAUGAUCUAUUAGAAUUCGAAGGUGUCCAGAUCCUUGCUUCUCAAGCUCAUUCAGUGACCCGGCUUUUAAGGAACCACCUAGGCUUUAAUGUAGAUUUCGCUCCAAAGUACCGGGAGCUGAGGGCAGUAUACUACACUCUCUUGGUCUCCCUCAUCGAGACACUGAUGAGCAAGUCUCCACAAAGCUUGUCUCUGGCUGAACUAACCAAUGCUCAAUCCCAAUUGACCGAGCUGACGAAGGCAGGCUUCAAGCUAGACUUCUUGGAGUCAAAGCUCGAGGAACUUUUCUUGGAUAGGAAAAAAGUAGCUGUCCAACUCGAGGAACGGGUCAAGAAUGUGGAACUGACUUUAGAGAAGAUCAAAUAUGCGGCUGAUGCUAGAGGCCUGACUGGUUCAAACGCUGCGGUUGCGGUUGCGGUUACAGGAGAUUGUGGAAGCGGGCGAUUGCGGUUUACGACUGGUUGA